AUGGCGACACCAAUCUCUCUAUCCAAACAUACAGCUACGACCAAGUCCCGACGCGUGCUGGCCUGCGUGUUGUGUCAGCAACGCAAGAUCAAGUGCGAUCGUACAUUUCCUUGCGUCAACUGUGUACGUGCCGGCGAGCAGUGCGAGCAAGCAACCCGCCAGCGACGCCGGAGGUUUGUUGAGAGAGACCUGUUGGCGCGCCUGCGACACUAUGAGAGCCUGCUACACCAGCAUAACAUCAAGUUCGACCCUCUCCACACGCCUACUAGAGACCAUAGCUCUCCCACCCAGGAUGGGCCAAAUGAAAUUCCAGAGGGUGGCCAGUCGGAACGCACUGUUCUUGAGACUAAUACCAACUUGUUAAAAGAAAAGAAAACAAUAAAGCCUAAAUCAUUCAGGAAUAUCUGGCAUGCCAUGAGCCAAAAGACCGUAGCUUCCAAGGAUGAUGACGGAAAUGACAGUGAAAAUGAUGAAACCGACAACGGGUUUCUACACGACAGUGAUGACAUACGCCACGCCGUGAUCAAGAAGGCAUGGAACCAUAUGUUUCAAGGUAAAACUAACGACCAUCUUUUAUUCGGUUCACCGGUAGGGAAUGUCGAUGAACUUUCUGCUUUUCAUCCAACCCAGGUACAGAUUUUUAGGCUCUGGCAGAUCUACUUGGAUAACGUCAAUCCUCUUCUCAAAGUAACACAUACACCCACCCUUCAAACACGUAUCAUCGAUGCUGCGAGUGAUAUCGCGAAUAUUAAUCCCACAUUGGAGGCAUUGAUGUUCAGUAUCUACUGUGUCUCCAUCCUAAGUCUCACAGAAGAUCAAUGCAGUGCGUUGUUCAAAUCCCCCAAAAAGGAUCUCUUGACGGCCUACCAAUCUGCAUGCCAACAAGCGUUACGAGGUUGUUCUAUUCUACGCUCCAGUGACCGGGAGUCCCUGACCGCGUUGUAUCUGUACCUAGUGUCGAUCAGACCUGACACAGACCCUGCAUCUCUCUCAUCGAUGCUUGGCGUUGCUAUUCGAAUUGGUCAACGUAUAGGAAUCCACAAUGAGUCAAUGUAUGGUAAAUGUUCCGCUCUAGAGGCGGAGAUGCGCCGCAGACUCUGGUGGUCGCUCAUCAUCUUUGAUAAUCGCAUCUGCGAAAUGUCCGACUAUAAGACAGCGUCGCUGGCUCCUACUUGGGACUGCCGCGUUCCACUCAACGUCAGUGAUUUCGAGCUCCAGCCAGGUAUUAAAAUCCCACCUGCAGCAAACAACAAACCGACAGAGAUGGUCUUUGCUGUUGUGCGUAGUGAACUCGCCGACUUCGUUCGUCACAGCGCCUUCCACCUCGACUUCACCAAUCCCAUUUUGAACACGAUGGCCCCUCGAUCUCCCACCGUGGACGAGGCGGAGCGGCUUCUGGCACUGGAGAAGACGAUAGAGGAGAAAUAUUUGGUAUCCUGCAAUCCAGAGAACCCACUGCACUUCAUGACGAUCUGGACAAUGCGGGCCUAUCUUGCCAAGAAUCGUCUGUUGCAACACUACUCCCAGUACUCAGCAAAAUCCGUGCAGCAGACAUAUCUACAGCGUAAAGUUGGCAUCUCCCACGCGCUGCGCAUGCUAGAGUGCGAUACCAACCUUAUGACAUCACCUCUCACCAAAGGAUACUUGUGGCAUGUUCACUUUCAGUUUCCCUUCCCCGGAUAUAUCCACCUGCUGCAGGAUUUGAAGAGGAGGCCUGUCGAGGGGCAUACAGACCACGCGUGGGAGGUCAUGAGCAACAACUAUGAGGCCCGCAUGAUGGAUACUAAGGAUGACGAACGUCCCUUGUUUAUCGUCUUCUCUCGGAUUGUACUUCAGGCUUGGGGGGUACGUGAACAGGUAGCCAGACAGCAACAGACACCCCUAGUGCCACCGCGGAUUGUGUCGAAUAUCCGGAACAAAUUAAUGCAGAUGAUGGCGGAUUUUGGACAGGAUGCAGACACGGUGCAGCCUGGUGGCACCUCGGAUCUCAAUGCAGACAACCUGCCCAUUCCAAUGCAGAUGGAUUUCAAUGUGCCCGGGGUGGCUUAUGGCGCUGGAGGCCAGGUGCCUAUGAGCUUGGGAGCGUGGGGAUAUCCCGAGAUGUCUGGGCUGAGCUCCAUGGACGUGGAUGCAAAUCAGUUUCUUUUGAACACGAUGGAGUGGAACAUAUUGCAUGCACGAGGCAGGUGA